AUGACCAAAACCUUCCAUGUAGCCGUCGUCGGCGGUGGCAUCGCCGGCGUCACUCUGGCCAUCACCCUCCACCAUCGCGGCGUCCCAGUGACCAUCUACGAGCAGGCAGCGGCCUUUGGGGAAGUCGGCGCCGGCGUCUCCUUCGGUCCCAACGCCGUCCAGGCCAUGCAGACCUGCCAUCCGGGCAUCCACGCCGCCUUUGAGAAGGUCUGCACCCGCAACCUGUGGCCCUCCAAGCAGGACGUCUGGUUCGACUACCUGGACGGCUACACGCCCACCACCAACACCACCGCCGGCCGCCAGGACAUCGCCUUCACCAUCCGCAACAGCCUGGGCCAGACGGGCGUCCAUCGCGCCCAUUUCCUCGACGAGCUCAUCCGCUUGAUCCCCAACAACAUUGCGCGCUUCAACAAGCGCUGCGAGUCCAUCGUCGAGCGGCCCGAUGGCCGUCUCGCGCUGCGCUUCGCCGACGGCACGGAGGAUCUCGCCGACGUCGUGAUCGGCUGCGACGGCAUCAAGUCGCAGAUUCGCCGGUUGCUCGUCGGCGAGGACCAUCCCGCUGCAAACCCCUCCUACACCCACAAGUACGCCUACCGCGGACUCGUCCCGAUGGAUCAGGCCAUCGAGGCGAUCGGCGAGGAGCUCGCCUCCAACGCCUGCAUGCACAUGGGCCCCGGCGGCCACAUGUUGACCUUCCCCGUCAACCAGGGCAAGACCCUCAACAUCGUCGCCUUCCACACCUCCCCGGAGCCCUGGACGGACUACCCCCGGCUGACGCGCCAGGGCACGCGCGACGAGGUGCUCCGCGACUUUGCCGGCUACGGGCCCAACGUGACCAACCUGUUGAAGCUGACAGACCCGGAGCUCAGCGUGUGGGCCAUCUUCGACCUGGCCGAACACCCCGUCCCGACCUUCUACAAAGGCCGUGUGGCCAUCUCCGGGGACGCCGCGCACGCCACGGCCCCCCACCACGGCGCCGGCGCGGGAUUCUGCAUCGAGGACACGGCGGUGCUGGCGGCCCUGCUGGCGGACGAGCGGGUGCGCACGCAUGCGGAUCUGGAGGCCGUGCUGGCGACGUUUGAUGCGUGUCGGCGCGAGCGCGGCCAGUGGCUCGUGCAGAGCAGUCGGUUUAUUGGGAAUUGCUACGAGUGGCUGGCCGAGGGGGUGGGCCGGGACUUUCGCAAGAUCGAGGAGGCGAUUAACUACCGCAAUGGGAUUAUUGCGAACGUGGAUGUGCCGAAGAUGUGUGAUGAGGCGCGGCGGGAGCUGGGCAAGAGACUGUCGGGGGUGGUUCGAGGGUCUUUAUAA